AUGCCUCCUUCCAAGUACCCCACCAAACUGUCUGACCGACGGGCGGCCGUGGGGAAACGCCCAGAUACGUACCUCCACAGUCGAAAGGGAAAACACGUGAAAAUCACUGGCCAGGACGAAAAGUGGAACCCUAAACACUUUAGGCUCUUCGUGGGGAACCUAGGGCCUGACGCUACAGACGAAUUGUUGAUAGCUGCGUUUGCCAAGUACGCUAGUAUGAGUAAGGCAAGGGUGGUGAAGGACCAUAAGGGGGAGAACAGGGGGUAUGGGUUUGUGGCGUUUGAAAAGGCGGACGAUUACUUGCAAGCGUUCAAGGAGAUGAACGGGAAGUAUGUGGGGCAGAGACCUGUUCAGUUGAAGAGAGCUGAGCUGAAGGCGAGGUAG